AUGCUGAACAAGUUGCAAGAUAUCCAUUUAUCCGAUGCAAUAUCGAGCGGGGUCGGCCGAGAGGGACGCGGGACGGAGGCUCGGGCGGCGGCGGCCACCUGUUCGCACCCCGCCCCCCGCUCGCCCCCCGCGGUGACUGCCACCCCGGGCUCCGCUGCGCGCGCUAGCCCUUCCCUCCACUCAUUCGUUUCGCGACGCGUCGUCUCGCCGGCCGGCUUCCGACUCAUUCGACCGGGCUCAUUCGCAUCGCGUCCGCUUACCUUAUCACUCGAUCGUCCAUUCCACAAAUCAGUCAUGACGGAGAGCACGGAAACCCCAGCAGCUGCGGCACCCGAGAAGACCCCCACUGAGAAUGGGACUACUGAGACCCCUCCCGAAGAAACCCCGGAGAAAGCUACUGAGGAAAAAGAAAAGGAGACUCCGCCGCCCAAGGAGAUGCGCGCAGUCGUUCUUACUGGAUUCGGGGGUCUCAAAACUGUCAAGAUAUUGAAGAAACCUGAACCCACUGUAGCUGAGGGCGAGGUCCUGAUUCGCGUCAAAGCAUGCGGUCUGAACUUCCAAGAUCUGAUCGUGCGACAAGGCGCUAUCGACUCUCCUCCCAAAACCCCAUUCAUCCUUGGAUUUGAAUGUGCCGGUGAGAUCGAGCAAGUAGGCGAGGGUGUCACCAAUUUCAAGGUUGGCGACCAAGUAGUGGCUCUGCCUGAGUACAAAGCAUGGGCUGAGUUGGUAGCUGUGCCAGCUCAGUAUGUAUAUGCCUUGCCCGAGGGCAUGUCAGCGUUGGACGCGGUGGCUAUCACCACCAAUUAUGUGGUAGCUUAUCUUCUCCUCUUCGAGAUGGCCAACCUGACUCCUGGCAAGAGUCUUCUCGUUCAUUCCGCUGGCGGUGGCGUGGGCCAAGCUGUAGCUCAGUUAGCGAAAACCGUUGAUGGCGUGACAGUGUUCGGCGUUUGCUCCAAGUCCAAGCAUGAAGCUUUGAAAGCUAACAAUAACAACAUCGAUCAUCUCCUUGAGAGGGGCAGUGACUACACCAGCGAAGUCAGGAAGAUAACCCCUGAUGGUGUCGACAUCGUGCUGGAUUGUCUGUGUGGCGAAGAGUGUAAUCGAGGAUACUCCCUACUCAAGCCAAUGGGACGAUAUAUCCUAUAUGGAUCAUCUAACAUCGUGACCGGCGAAACCAAGAGUUUCUUCAGCGCAGCGCGUGCCUGGUGGCAAGUAGACAAAGUGUCGCCAAUCAAGCUGUUCGACGAGAACAAGAGCCUGGCCGGCCUCAACCUCCGGCACCUGCUGUUCCAGCACGGGCGCGGUGACACGGUGCGCCGCGCCGUCGACCGCGUGUUCUCGCUCUGGGCGGAGGGCAAGGUCAAGCCGCUGGUGGACAGCACUUGGGCUUUGGAAGAUGUUGGUGAAGCUAUGCAAAAGAUGCAUGAUCGCAAGAAUAUUGGCAAGCUAGUACUGGAUCCGUCACUGGAGCCAAAACCGAAACCAGCGACUCCUGCCAAAGGCAAAUCUGGCAAAGAGAAGAAACCUGCCAAGGAGAGUUCUGAAGAGAAAAAGGAUAAGGAGCCCAAAGAAGAAGAGAAGAAGACAGAGAACGGCGACAAGAAUGGUGAGGAGGUCACUAACGGUAGCGACGAAGAGUCGAAGGAGAAAGAGAAGGAGAAGGAGUCUAGC